AUGGAGCUGAAGACUAGCGACGAGUCAGAGCAGCUGCUGCGCAUCCGUCACAGCUGCGCCCACAUCAUGGCCAUGGCGGUUCAGCGGCUGUACAAGGGCGUGCAGGUGACCAUAGGGCCCUGGACGGACCGCGGCUUCUUCUACGACUUCCACUGGCCGGCAGACAGCCCCAUCACGGAGAAAGAUCUGAAAAAGAUCAAAAAGGAGAUGGCCAAGAUCAUCAGGGCAGAUCUGCCAUUCGUACGGGAGGAGGUGACGCCGGAGGAAGCCGAGGCGCGGAUCCGAGCUGCCGGGGAGCCGUACAAGUUGGAGAUAUUGCAGUCCAUUCUGCAGCAACCACUAACCGAACCUUUCAUAACACCCUGGUGGGACCUGUGCGCGGGUCCCCAUGUGAAUCGAACCGGGGACAUCAACCCGGACGCGGUGGAGCUGGAGAGCAUUGCCGGAGCAUACUGGCGAGGGAACGAGCAGAACGAGAUGCUGACGAGGAUUUACGGCACCGCGUGGGAAACACCCGAGCAGCUGAAGGCGUACGAGCAACUCAAGGAGGAGGCGGCGAAGCGCGACCAUCGCAAGCUGGGAACGGAGCUCAACCUGUUCAGUAUUCAGGAGAACAGCGGCGGCGGUCUGGUCUACUGGCAUCCCAAGGGUGCACUUGUACGGCACCUGAUCGAGACGUUCUGGAAGGAACUUCACCUCUCUCGCGGCUACCAGCUGGUUUACUCACCACACAUUGCCAAGGCCGAUCUGUGGCGGACCUCUGGUCACUUGGAGUUUUACAAGGAGAACAUGUACGAGCAGAUGAAGGUGGAGGAUGAGUCGUACCAGCUUCGUCCUAUGAACUGCCCCUUCCAUAUUUCCGUAUACAAGGACGGAUAUUAUUCGUACAGGGACCUGCCUCUGCGACUGGCGGAGCUGGGUACGGUGUACCGCUAUGAGCGGAGUGGGACCAUGCACGGGCUCUUCAGAGUGCGAGGCUUCACGCAGGACGAUGCGCACAUCUUUUGCCUACCAAAUCAGAUUACUUCGGAGAUCAAGGGCGUUUUGGAUUUGGUGGAGGAGACGUUGGGAACCUUUGGAUUCCACGAGUACGAGAUCAACUUGUCUACCCGUCCGGAGAAGUCAGUGGGCGAUGACGUCAUCUGGUCGACAGCGGAGGCGGCUUUGGUGGAGGCGCUGGGGGCCAAAGGCUGGAACUACCAGGUUGACGCGGGCGGUGGCGCCUUCUACGGCCCCAAGAUCGACAUCAAGAUCCGGGAUGCCAUCGGCCGCAAGUGGCAGUGCUCCACCAUCCAGCUGGACUUCAAUUUGCCGGAGCGGUUAGUAUUCGCGGUGGCCAUAACCCUCACGCCCUUCAGUGCUGAGACUCCUGCUUUUUUAAAUUGUUGUGUACUUCCGUUCGUACGACAGGUACGGUUGCUAACGGUCAACGACACCGUUGCGGAGUACGCUCGUGACGUUGCGGCCCAGAUGAAGCGCGCGGGCAUUCGCGUGGAGGUGGUGGGGGAGGCGUCCAUGGGGAAACUUAUUCGGAACGCGGAGAAGGCCAAGAUCCCGGUCAUCUGUGUGGUGGGCGUUAAGGAGGCCGACGGCAACUCCCUUAGUGUACGACUGUACGGCGGGAAGGAGCUUGGGGCGCUGCCGACGCAGGUACGAAGGAGGAGGAAGUAUCAUGUGUACACCUGGUGGUAA